CAAUUUAUCAUUCAAACCCUUUGAGUCCUCCGGUUAGAAUUGGCUUACCGUAUCAACAGUGAAGAUGAAUGAUGAAUGAUGAAUGAUGAUGCUGUACGUUGUAACAGUAUACAAUACCAUUAGUCCAUUAUAGACUUAUAGUGACAAAAACUUAAUCAAGUCCAUCUCAUAACUUCUACAAACAGCUGUAAAGAUGUUUCCCAUAUCAACUCUCUUCACCGACAACAAAAUAUUGAUCAAUGUCACACCUUACGCAAUUCUCGUUCUCAUCGCCAUCUUAUCGGUUCUGUGGUACUUCUUGAAACGCUCACCGCAUCCGCCUCUACCACCUGGACCGCGAGGGCUACCUAUCGUCGGGAACCUUCCUUUUCUUGACCCCAAUCUUCACACAUACUUCACAAAACUUGCUAAAAGUUACGGUCCAAUCUUUAAACUCAAUCUUGGCUCAAAACUGACCGUUGUGGUCAACUCUCCAGCUCUAGCUCGAGAGAUCUUGAAAGACCAAGACAUCAAUUUCGCAAACCGUGACGUCCCCCUCACAGGCCGAGCAUUUUCCUAUGGCGGUCUCGACCUUGUUUUGUUACCAUACUGUGCCGAAUGGAAAAUGCUUAGAAAAGUUUGCGUUCUCAAACUCCUUAACCGCAAAACAUUGGAUUCUUUCUACGAACUUCGACGCAAAGAAGUCCGGGAAAGAACGAAAUAUUUGUACCAGAAAGGUCAAGAAGAAUCCCCGGUAAACCUCGAAGACCAGCUCUUUUUGACGAUGAUGAAUCUCACGAUGAAUAUGUUAUGGGGAGGUUCGGUUAAAGCAGAGGAAAUGGAGAGUGUUGGAACAGAGUUUAAAGGAGUUAUUUCUGAAAUAAUUAGGCUUUUGGGAGAGCCUAAUGUUUCUGAUUUUUUCCCAAUGGUAGCAAGAUUCGAUCUUCAAGGUCUUGUGAAGAAGAUGCAUGUUUGUGCUCGAGAGCUUGAUGCGAUACUUAAUGGAGCCAUCGAGAAGAUGCAGCUACUAAGAAGUAGGGAUGGUGAAUGUAAAGACCUUUUGCAACAUUUGAUGAAGUUAAAGGAGGAAGAAGCUGACUCGGAGGUUCCCAUUACGCUUAACCAUGUCAAAGCCGUACUCUCGGAUAUGGUACUUGGUGGUACAGAUACAACGACCAACACGAUAGAGUUUGCGAUGGCCGAACUAAUAAGAAACCCAAAGUUGAUGAAGAGAGCGCAACAAGAACUAGACGAUGUUGUAGGCAAAGACAACAUAGUUGAAGAAUCACACAUCACUAGACUUUCUUACAUAGUAGCCAUUAUGAAAGAAACACUUAGACUCUAUCCAACCAUUCCUUUGCUAGUCCCUCAUUGUCCGGCUGAAACCGCGGUUGUUGGCGGAUACAGCAUCCCUAAAAACACUAAGACCUUCAUCAAUGUUUGGUCUAUUCAGAGAGACCCAAAUGUGUGGGAUAACCCGAAUGAGUUUUGUCCCGGGAGGUUUCUUGAUAAGAAGGCUUGUGAUUUCAGUGGAACAGAUUAUAGGUUUCUUCCAUUUGGAUCUGGAAGGAGAAUGUGCGCGGGUAUAGCGCUUGCUGAGAUGAUGGUUUUGUACACUCUCGCGACGCUAUUGCAUUCGUUUGAUUGGAAAAUUCCUGAAGGUCACGUGUUGGACUUGGAAGAGAAGUUUGGGGUUGUCCUCAAGCUCAAGACCCCUCUAGUCGUCUUGCCUGUUCCAAGGUUAUCCAAUCAUAAUCUUUAUUUAUAAAUGCUAAAACCGUUAUAUUUUUGUUUUAAGGUUAUAAAUAUUGUUAUAUUGUUGCUAA